CAUUCGACAAUCAGCAUUCAUCUAUCAAAAUAUUGGUUUGGUUUGGUGUUCAUUCAGAUUUUGUACAAGGUGCAAAUUUAAAUAAUAUCGCUUUUCAAUGUAGUGAACAGCAAUAAUAUCAAUAUUUGUAAAAUGGAAGAUGAAAUCAAUGAAUGCAUUCGUAAAAAGAUACAGUGGACUCAAUUGCCAGGAAAUGUAAAGAAGUUACUUAAUGAUUCUCCAAAGGAAUAUGAAAGGUGUAUAUUGGACUUUAGUAUAAAAAACCAACUGAGAUUCAGAGGGAGCUUGGUGCGCUCAGUUCGAAAAGAUGAAAGGAAAUACUAUGAGAUGCUGGUACAGAGCAGUAUACAAAGGCUCAUGCUCUACCCAUAUCACUUAGCUGAUAUGAUAGUUAAAGGUCUUAGAAUCACCCCAUUCAUUUACUACAUAGAAGUAGUUGCAUUACUUAUAGAAACUGAGAAAAGUUAUGACACAAUGCCCAAUUUCACUGCUGCUGAUUGUCUUCGUCUAUUAGGCAUAGGCCGUAAUGAGUACUUAGAGCUAGUAGCGAAGGCUAGGUCCCUGGGGCGCCGCGGAAGGUCCAAGGCCAUCCGUGGUCUGUUACCUCGAGUGCCCCUCAAUAUACCCAUGCAACCCUGGUGGAGGGUGGAGCUCGGAUAUGUCCUCGAAGAAGAUGUUAAACCUCUUAAUGAGAGUGAGAAGUCACUUAUAGACCUCCUCAUAGACCGAGGAUCUCAAACGGCCGGCACGCUCGACUACAACCUUGUUAAAAGCCUAUACAGGAGAGGUCUCGUCUACUUAGACGUACCCAUAACGGGGGCCGACAAAGUGUCCGUCCCCCCUUUGAAAGGGUUCGUGAUGAAUCGCAUAGCGGGGGAUUAUUUCGAGACUCUGCUUUAUAAAGUGUUCGUGUCCAUUGACGAGCACACGAGCGUAGCCGAACUGGCCUCAGUGCUGCAGGUGGACGCGUCUCUGGUGAAGCAAGCGGUGUCCCUGUACUGCCGGCUGGGCUUCGCCGAGCACCUGCAGCCUCCGCCCGUCAACCCUCACCACGCCUCUUGGACGCACGCCAUCACCACGCACCAGCAUCGCCCAUAUCGUCAAAUUACCCCUCUAUCGUUCGACUCGAGCUUAGACGAAGACGCUUUGCAAAUGGAGCCUGUGCUCAUCAAGGAUAUGCCUUCUACCUCCAAGCAGAUACCCCACGUACCCUUGGAGACGACGCCCACCAGCGGUGGACAGAGAGUCGCUGUCUUAUUUGAUUCGACGCUCGCCGCUUACCUCAUGAUGGGAAACUUAUCCCCAGAUCUCAAGAGUCACGCGGUCACAUUAUUUGAAGUCGGCAAACUGUGCGAUGAAAGCCUGGACAGUCUGCUUAUGGAGUUAGAUAAGGUCGUCGCAGAUCCCGAAAUCGAGGGAGAAGCGCGACGGUACCUCGCGGCGGCCGCGUGCCUCCGGAUAGCGCUGAGGACGCUGCGGCCCAAACUCCGCCCGUUGGACUUGUUGCGCUGUGAAGCGCUGCAUGCGCUCGAUGCACCAGCGCGAGCCAGGCUGCUCGCUACGAAAUAUAGACUGGCGAUAUCGACGGCGCCCUUGAGCCGAGAGGCUAGAGCGGGCUCGGCCGCGUGUUCCUUGGCGCACGUGGGUCCUGCGCCCCCCGAGGCCUCUUCGCCCUGGAUGAGGCUUUACUUGUAUCACGUGGCGGGCUACGGACCCCCUACGCUGCUGCUCACUAAGGGUACGGUUCUCCGCGGGGUGCCCAGAUGUCUCCUUGGCUUCUCGCGGCUGGCCGUGUCUUGGUGGACGGCGGAAUCGGAAGCCGCCGCUCUGCCGGCUGCGGCCGCCCUGGCGGCGGCCAACUCGGCGUUGCGCCGGGGCCCCGUGCUGCUGCAGGCGGCCGGAGUAAGAGCCCCGCCGCAUGUAGCGUAUCUGGCCUUCCCACCGGCUUCCAUGGAUGACGCUGAAGACCAUCAAUGUCUCUGGCGUAAGCACGGUGGGCUCAGGCGCCUCAUGCGAAGGUUGCGUCUCACGCGCACUGCGGGGUACGUGACGCUGGCCGAUAUCGGAGUGCCUGACCUCGGCUGUGCGAGACCUCCCUCCACUGUACAACUCGUUCCAAGUCGGAAGAAAAAGGAAAUAUGCGGCAUGGCCAAACCCGUCAGCGAACUAUCUCUAUCCUCUAACGAAUCCGGCGAAAAGACCACAGAGUUCAAAGCCAUAGACAAUAGACUACGGUCGCCCAUAGAAUCGCACUUUGCCGUCACGCCGACCACUGACAGCAAAACCGGCUCCCCCGCCAACGGCUUCACGAGCGCCGAAGGCGGGAAAUUGUUAUGCGAAGAGUUAGACAGCCUAAACGUAGACACCCACAGAAGCAAAGAGUCCAUCGCGGGCAGCGAUGAUUUUGUACCCAUACAUUCCACUUCGACCAGCAUAGAAGACUUGAAACAUUCCAAAAUAUCGAUUAGCAAAGAGUCCAUUACGGACGAUCUGGUUCCCAUACAUUCCGGAACGCCCAGCGUCGAGAAUCUGAAGUUUGACAAGAAGGAAGAAAAGUCGGUCGAUCUGUUGAGUCCGGCGGAGGAGUCGGUGUCUAUGUUCACUCAGUUGAGCAACAAGUUGACGGAGAUGAGCGGAGAGGGCGACAGCGGCGUGGACACGGCACACAAUUGCUCCGACGACGAGACUUGCAAACCCGAGCGAUGGACCAUUCUAGACCUGCAGUUCGGUAUACCUCUGUUCGAUGAAGCCUUAUGUGAAAAGGUCUGUCAGAGCAUUGUUGACAGGAUAGCGAAACCAGAAUUAUUAGAAAAAAUAAAAGAGGACAAUGAAUUUAUAAGGGGUGACUUACUAAAAUUUGUGUCCCAAUGUCAGUAUUAUCCCGGGGAAGAUAUGGGAAUUGUGAAAAGAGGGACGUUAGUCCCUUUGCCGAGAAAAAACCUAGUUUUUGAAAACGGCCGAAUUAGCGAAUGGAGUGGAAAGUGACACGUUCGCCUAAUUUUAGUGAAUGUGAUAUAGUCAUAGUGAAUGACCAUUAAAGUAGCAUUUUGUGGUCUAGAAUCUAGAUACAAAACAGCCGUUAUAGUUCUCCACGCUUCCAAUUUCUUCAGUUGCUGUAAUAUACAUUAUUUUCUAUAACUCCUGUGAUUAAAAUGUUGUACAUUACCAUGUACAGAAUAGCCCUUUUACUAACAAAAACGUUAUAUUAUAUAUCUCUUUUCAAUACAGCGUAAAAUAAAUGUCAAAUAAAAGUAUGUGGCACCUUUUUGGUGCAGACAGAAAUGACUGUGGGGCUAAAAAUGAUAAAACAAUUCCUCUCAUGCUUUACUUUAUGUAGCUGAUGUAUACUUUUUUAAAAUAAAUAUUUUUUAUUGUUUUCGGCCUACGAUGUUGUAAGCCUUGUAACGUAAAACUGUUAGACAAGUAACUUUAUGGUUCAUAACUGAAGUAAUAAAUUAUAUCCUAUUUAAAAAUUUCUUUACUGUAUAACUUAGCCAUCUUCGUGUCAUUUUAGAUUUAUGUUUAGUAUGUGGAACUUGAAUUUCUUUAUCGUAUCUCUUACAUACAUGUUAAAUUGGGUAAUUGUUAUAACCUUCUAUUAAGCUCCUGCCCUAUUAAUUUAUGUACGCAAAGCAUUGUUAUAGGUUUCACGUAUUUAUAAUUAUAUAUUUUUAUUAAAAAUAAUAUAAAAUACGAAUAAAUAUAUAUGUACUGUGAACACUUACUUAAUUUGUAUUUUUGUGAUUAAUAUAUUAUUGUUAAUAAUUUAAAGUGUUUAGUUUCAUAAAAUUGCUUCCAUAGUUAUAAUUUUUCUGUUAAGAAAAUAGGUAAUCAUACACAUAUUUACACAAGUCACAAAAAUUUUGUGGUUCUAUUAUUUUUUGCAUCUACUAGUUACAUACUAAUAAUUAUGUUUAAAUAUAGUAUAUAAUAGAUGUAGAAAUUAACAAUUAUGUACCUACUAAUAAUAGAUAGUUAUCUGUACCGUCCGCUAUAUUAUGUAAAAUUCCUUGCAUAUUAUUUUUUUUAUGAAAUUGUGAUAUUUUUGUUACGCUUUAUAUGUUACAAGAGGUUUAAAUUCAGUUCAUGUGUAAGUGUAGUUAGUCGUUACACUUUUGAUCUUUAAAUAAAGCAAAAAAUAAAUUAAAGCUACAAACUUAGUCAGCCCUUCACUUGAUAUUUAUC